AUGUGUGGUGGGAUGCCUGGCAAAUCCGGGGUCUGCUUAGUUGAAACUGAGAGCGGUAGGAGUACAUCUAAAGUCUUACAAUUACCGAAUCAAAGUGUAAGCUAUGGACUUUUUCAGAUCAACAGCAAAAAUUGGUGUCGCAAAGGACGGAAAGGAGGCGUCUGCAAUAUAAAAUGCGAAGAUUUUUUGAACGAUGAAAUUUCUGAUGACUCGCGUUGCGCCAUGCAGAUCUUCAAUCGUUACGGCUUUCAGGCUUGGCCUGGUUGGGUUAAUAAGUGUCGUGGGCGAACUCUGCCUGAUGUCUCCAGAUGUUAAUUCAGGCGUAUACAUAUUGAUAUAUGUGGCUUUAUGCAGUUUAAAGUGUCACAUUUAGAAUUUCGUACUGAUUUAAGUUGAUAGAUUGAAAGGCAUACAAACGAAUGAUUAUAUCGUUACAUCGUAGUAUUACAAUUUAAUUUAAGAAACCAAAAACAAAAUAAUAAAAAAUUUAUGCUUAGGUUAUAUUGGCAACGAAAAUUGGCUUAUUUAUAAAUUGUUUAUUAAAAGUGAUAUUUUUUUAUUUAAAAUUAAAUUAAAUGUAAAUUAUUUAAUUGGUCUCGUGAUUCUAAAAAUACUAAGCAGAA